UCUAUUUAUAAAUCGAAGAUUAUACAUAAGAUUUUCUGUGCCAAUUACAUGUCCGUUUUGGUUACAGUAUGAACAAAACAAUCGUCGGAUGGUGAGCAGCCAAGGUUAAUGUACAUACUAAUAUACCGAAAAAUACGGUUUUUACUAUUUCAGUCGCCGCCUUUGAACGUGUGCAUCUCGUAUUGCAUAGAACAGUGUUAUAUAUUAAAAGUUUUUACUUUACUCUAUUGCCUUAUUCCACUUGAAACAAAGAAAACGAUGUCAUUGGUGUUAACAAAAUAAACGAGAAUAAUCUUCGUCGUAUGACUAUGCGCAUUAUCAAAUAAUAGAAUCAAUUCAAAGGAAGGUUGGACUUGUUUUGAAUAAGAUGACGUCCCUUGCGACGACACCUACAGACACAAAAAGAUUUACUCAGAUUAGAAAUGUACGCCAGGGUAGUAUCAUCGAUUUGGAUAUUGAUAUGUUUCUAAAAAUUUCAAACUAUGAAGACACUGUGAGACAACUCGAUAUUUAUUAUGGAAUUGUCAAGAGGCAAUUAUUACGAUACCAAAGUUGCAUAACAGGCUUGUUCCCACAAAUUUCAAGUGACGAAGUAGUGGGAAGUAUACGAGAAAGCAUUUACUGUGCUGCCGCUGUAUGGAGUUUGUACCAAGCAUACAGGCGUAUAGACGACGAUCGUGGAAAAUCUUACGAGCUUGGACAAUCAGCUGUAAAAUGUAUGCGUGGAAUUCUGGAGUGUUGGGUAAAGCAAUCUUCUAGAAUAGAAUUAUUUAAACGCAACCAAUGCAAUCGAUUCGCGCUGCAUUGUAAAUUCCAUUUAUAUACAGGCGAUGAAAUUUUUAGCGAUGCUGCCUAUAAUCAUUUGCAAAUCGAUAUCGUUUCUCUUUACUUGAUAUUUCUGGUACAAAUGAUUUCAUCAGGAUUACAAAUUAUAUAUACUCAGGAUGAAGUGGCAUUUAUACAAAAUCUUGUGUAUUACGUAGAAAGAGCAUAUCGAACACCGGAUUAUGGCAUGUGGGAACGUGGUAGCCGAUAUAACGAUGGUACACCCGAAAUACAUGCAAGUUCGAUUGGAAUAGCGAAAAGCGCUCUCGAAGCUAUUAAUGGUUGUAACCUAUUCGGAGAAAAAGGAGCUUCUUGGUCGGUCAUAUAUGUUGAUAUCGAUGCUCACAAUAGAAAUCGUAGCAUUUUUGAAACAAUGCUUCCAAGAGAAUCCAGUUCUAAGAGUGUAGACACAGCUUUGCUGGCAACAAUUUCUUUUCCGGCAUUCGCCACCCAUGAAGAGGUACUAUACAACGAGACAAAGGCAAACAUAGUUCGAAGAUUAAAAGGCAAUUAUGGUUUUAAAAGAUUUGGGAGAGAUGGAUACAAAACAGUCUUAGAAAACAAAGAUCGUCGUUAUUACAAAUCUGGUGAAAUCAAGGAAUUUGAUAAUGUAGAAUGCGAGUGGCCGCUGUUUUACAUCUUUAUGAUCAUAGACGGCGUUUUUAAAACGUUACCAGACCAAGUGGAACAGUACCAGAAUUUGCUAAAAGAACGAAUACAUAAAGAUAUAAAUGGAGAUCCUGUAAUACCUAUGUAUUACUACGUGCCUGAGGAAAAUUUGGAAGCAGAAAGAAAUGAUCCUGGUAGCACACUUCGAGUAGCGAGUAACGAAGGAAGAGGGCGAAGAGGUUCUAUGGAUACCGAAGUUACUCCUAUAUAUUUAUGGAAUCAAGCUAUGUUCGUAAUUGCACAAUUACUUACUGCUGGUUUGUUACAUAUCAAUGAAUUAGAUCCGAUCAGACGGUAUCUUCCUUCGUACAAUCGUCCACGAAAAGCUGGAAGGUAUUCAGCUUUUCAAGCUAAACCCAGUAUUGGUACACAUACUGAUCUUGUAGUACAAAUCGUUCUUAUCGCCGAGUCUAUGCGGUUACAAGCUAUGAUGGCAACGUAUGGUAUACAAACACAGACUCCACAUGAAGUGGAACCUGUUCAGAUAUUAUCAUCUAUGCAAUUAGUAAAAGUAUAUGAAAAAUUGGGAGUGAAUAGCAAAUUGAAUCUAGAAGGUAGACCAGCUAGGCCAAUCGGAUCUUUAGGUACAAGUAAGGUUUAUAGAGUAUGCGGCAUGACCGUGCUCUGUUAUCCUCUGAUAUUCGAAGUAUCAGAAUUUUACCUAUACAGAGACAUGGCUCUAUUAAUCGAUGAUAUUAAAACUGAGCUUCAGUUUGUAGGUAAAUAUUGGCGACUUUCAGGUCGACCUACCGUGUGUCUUUUAAUCAGAGAGGAACACAUGAGAGAUCCACAAUUUAAAGAGAUGCUCGAUCUCUUUGCAAUGUUAAAAAAAGGAUACUGCGACAAAACGAAAGUACGAAUAGGUCGACUGCAAAAUCUCAUUUCCUCUUCAUGUAUCGAACAUUUGGAUUUUAUAAAUACUAUAGAAACAGAUCUUGAACUUAGCCAAUUUAAGCAGUUGGAACAUGAUUAUAUUGGAUACCAAAGUCUUACGGAUGUGCCUAAGGCUCUAACUUAUGCAGAAGAUGUAAAAGAUUACUCUAAUUAUAUGACGGAACCACUGUGCAACAUAUUAAGUGAAAUUCGUAGUAAUAAAAAUCUUUAUUCUUUGUGUCAACUUUACGGUAUUUUGUUAAAACGUGAGGGUAUUGAUUACGAAAUUAAUGGAAUAACAGUUGGCGAUCAUUUAAGAUCAGUAUACCAACAAGCUGGCUGUCUUAGAUAUUGGAUGGUUGUUCGUUACUGCAGCAGCUUAUUGAAUCAUACAGUUGACAGUAUCAGCCCUUUCAUCACAGGUGUUCUUGUUAAAGGAAAGCAGAUAACAGUUGGAGUAAUCGGACACGAAGAAACAGUAUUUGAUAAACCAAUGACACCAACAGAAAUUCAGUCAGUUAUGUAUUCUACUAUUCAGCCACAUAACGUGGUUCAAGCUGUACUUCAACAAGAGGUUCUUUUAUACUGUGGUAGACUUAUUGGAAGGAAUCCAGAAAUGUUUAAAGGAAUAUUAAAAAUUCGUAUUGGGUGGGUUUUAGAAGCAAUAAAAGUUUACUUACAAAUGUUCGUUAAAAAUUCUAAACCAAUUGAAGAUUACAGUCCUUACGAAAUUCGUCAAUUUCUAAUAAAAGUAUUAACGGUUAAAGAUUGGGCUAAAAGCGAAUGCCUUACAGUUUUGGGGCGUAGAAAAAUUGAAGGUUGCCUAUGCAGAGUACCUGCACAUUUUUAUAAUCACGUCUGGGAAGUACUGAUACGCUGUCCAGGUGGUAUCAGUGUUAAUGGACAAGAAUUACCUCAACAACCCACUCUAUUUAACAUGACUCGUUCAGAAAUUACGUUUGCUUUGCUUGUAGAAUCGUUGCUUCAUCACAUACAGUUACCAGAAUAUCGUCAAAUUAUUGUAGAGCUACUUACUACAGUGUCGACAAUUUUACUUCGAAAUCCAGAGUUGAGUUUUCAGAAACAACUAAAUCUCAACAAACUCGUUGAGGAUGGCUUCCAAAUGUACUGUAAGGAUCAUAAUCUGGAGAAAACUACUGAUCAAACUGUUUUCUUUUCCGCCGACUAUUCGUUAACUACAGGAUAUCUCGCUAGGGCUGUAGUUAACAAUGUAUUAACUGGAGGAUGUUUUUCAACUACUCGCGACAUUAACGAUGCAAUUGAAAACAGAGAACCAUGCAAAAUUUCAUAAUCGUAUAGAAUAGAUUCCCGUAGAAAAAGAAUUAUAUCGUUUGUAAAUGCGUCGAACAAAAUUAUAUUUAUAUAAUAAUGUUACCAUAUUUGCUGAAUAUAUGUAUAUUUCUUAAUUAUA